UCUAAAUGACAUUGUAUGUAUAUUGUUGCAGCACCUGUUACUGUGUGCCAAGGAGCGGAGUUGACUCUCCAGUGUGAUGCUGAUGAAACAAUUGUGGUAGCCGAGGCUACAUAUGGUGAUAUAACUUGUGAAGGUGACAUCCGUGCAAGCCCGUCUACAUGUACAGAUGACGGCGCCACUGACAGUGCCAAGAAAUUGUGUGAUGGCCAAAUAUCUUGUAAAAUCACAGCUAAUGAUGCAGCUUUCGAUACCACUUCAUGCACUGAUAAGACGGAAAACUUGAUGGUCAGAUAUAAAUGCAAAGAUAAUAGAGCUGUUGCACUUUUUGGGGAAACUGCAGAAAUAAGUUGUCCAACUGGUUCACAGAUUGAGAUUACAAAACCUCUUUGUACCACUUCACCAUGUACCCCUGAUAUCCCAACUGACUGUAAUGGAAAGACAGAAUGUACUGUUGCAGGACCGACGAUGGCAUUUGUUGAUGGGACUUGCAUGGAACAGCGAAUUAAAGUCGAGUGGAAAUGUAACACGGCUAAAUGAACAGAUCUCCAUUCAUACAUUUUGUACCGCUUCUGAAAAAAAGUAAAAAAAAAAAGAAUAUAACAAUUGUAAUGCCUUAUUAAAGUGUGUUUUUCGUUUUUGCUGAAAUAAACAAAACAUCAUAAUCA